AUGGUAACAACGGGCUUUCCGUUGUCGAAGAGGUUGAAGAACAUAGAACAUGAUGACAGGCCUAGAAAUCCACCAUGUGAAUUCGGCCGAAAAAGCCCUCUUAUGUGGGCUCUCAGAUACAAAAUAGCUCUAGGAUUAGCCUCUGCAAUUCUCUACCUUCAUGAAGAAGGCGAGCAAUGCAUAGUCCAUCGCGAUAUAAAAUCGAGCAAUGUAAUGUUGGAUUCAAAUUUCAAAGCGAAGCUCGGUUAUUUGGGUCUAGCUCGGCUCAUGGAUCAUGGAUUAGGUCUCCAAUCAACGGGGCUAGCUGGCACUUUGGGAUAUUUAGCACCAGAAUAUAUAAACACUGGCAAGGCUGGUAAGGAAUCUGACGUCUUUAGCUUUGGGGUAGUGGCUUUAGAAAUUGCUUGUGGCAGAAAAUCAAUUGAUCAUAUGGAAGAGGUGGAUGCAGGAUUAGUAGAAUGGGUAUGGGAUCUAUAUGGAAGAAAUGCAACUUUGGCUGCUAUAGACAGUAAACUAAACCUGGAGUUCGACGCAAAUCAAGCCGAAUGUUUGAUGAUUGUUGGGUUAUGGUGUGCACACCCUGAUCGAACUUUCAGACCUUCGAUCAGACAAGCAAUUCAGGUACUUAAUAUGGAAUCAAGUAUUCCAACUCUCCCUACAAAAAUGCCGGUGCCUUCAUAUCAUGUACCUGAACUAGAUCUUAUUUCUAGUGAAACAACUUCUAUCAUUAGUACAAGCAUAGACAUGGUUCAGUAGAUUUAGCCUGAACUUUUAGCUUGCUGGUAUUAAUUAAAACCGUUGAUUUUGUCAGCAUCCGGCAGUUGUUAGAAUGGUUUUGGCUAAAAUUUCCUUUUUGAGUUUUUCGGGGUUGACUAUGUAGUCAAGUU